AUGGCAAUCCCAAUCGAAGAAUGGUAUUAUGAAGUACCCGUAAUAACAAGGACAUAUGCAACGGCUGCUGUUUUGAUAAGCUUGGCUGUACAAGUUGGAUUCGUGACUCCAUUUCAAUUAUAUUUAAACUUUGAUCAGACUUUUAAUGGUCGUCAGAUUUUGUUAAUUUUAUGGAAAAAUAACAGAGUAAGAUAUAGUCGUAUGUUGGAGGAAGGUUCAUUUCGUGGACGUACAGCAGAUUAUUUUUGGUUAAUAUUUAUAUCGGCAGUUGCUUUACUCUGUCUAUCACCACUUACAAAUAUACCAUUCUUAGGAUCGCCGCUUGCAUUUACAUUAGUUUACAUUUGGUCACGGAGAAAUCCUUUUAUAAGAUUAAAUUUUAUUGGACUAUUCGUAUUUGGUGCACCGUAUCUUCCAUGGGUUUUACUUGGAUUUUCACUUUUGUUAAAUAAUGUAUUUCCUAUAGGUGAUACAUUGGGAAUUAUAAUUGGUCAUAUAUAUUAUUUCUUUGAGGAUGUUUGGCCACAUGAAAGGAAUAGUGGCGGUAGACGUUGGUUAAAGACACCACAAAUAAUUGUACGGUUAUUUGAAGGAGGUCAAACAAAUACAACUGAUGGUAUAACGACUGAAAAUGAAAUAGCUUUUGCUGAGGGAGUAGGCGAACAUGGAGAUCAAGCAAUUGCAGAAGAAUUAGCAGCUAAAUAUAAUAAUGUCACUCAAACAGCAAUCUCUAAAAUUUUUAAAAAUAAGGAUAAAUAUCUUGCUUUAGAUUCAGAAACAACAGACUUAAAUAAAGAAAGAAAUUGUCAAGCUGCAUUUCCUGAAAUUGAAGAGAUUUCACAGGGUGAUGGUGGUGUGGACAUUGAAAUUCGCGAUUUUGAAGGUGUGCUAUCAAGGUACCCUGAAUAUACUUUAGGGAUUUUCGUUACAUCUCUCAAAGAUGGUUAUUCUAAUCCAGCAAUACAAAGAAAGGAAACAUCAGAAUAUAAAAUUUUGCUCUCAAAUAUAUACGAUCUACGUCAAGACCUCCCCGCGUUUAUACCAAAAGAUAGUAUUAUUGAAGCAAGAUUCAUCACCAUAGAAGAAAGGCUCCAUUCGAUAGAAGAAAAAUUUAAAUUUUUUGCAAGUAAGAUUAGAGAUGGUCAAAACCGAAUGAUAGAUAACCAAAACCAAAUGAUGGACGACCAAAACCGAAUAAAAUCUAAUCAA